AUGUACAAAAAGGCUCAUAAAACUGUAGAAAUAUCCCAGUGUUUACCAAAAGUUGCCACUCUAACACAAAUGACCCACACCAACUUUCUACGCUGUAAGAAAAGCAGCACUGGAAUGUCCAAGCUGACAUGCAUUGAGGAAAAAUCAGACCUGAAAGGGGACACCUGGAAUUGCUGUCCUAUUGGCUGGAGAGCCUUCCAGUCCAGCUGCUAUUUUACUUUUCAUGACAACAAGACAUGGGUGGAGAGUGAGAGGAACUGUACAGGGCUAGGGGCCCACCUGGUCACCAUCAGCACAGAAGCUGAGCAGAACUUUAUUACUCAAUUUUUGGAUAGACGAUUUUCAUAUUUCCUGGGACUUUCAUAUGAGAAUUCUGAAGGCCUCUGGCAAUGGGUGAACAGGACGCCAUUUAACCCACAUAUGGAAUUCUGGCAUAAUGGUGAACCCAAUAAUCAUCAGAAGGAAAAUUGUGCUGUCCUUGCUAAUGACCAAAACAAAUGGGUCUGGAGUAAUCUUUCUUGUAACUUUGAGGCAAGUAGGAUUUGUAAGAAACCUGGAAGAAUACUCACCUGAAAGUUAUGAAGAGGUUCUUGUGAUGAGGACAGAAAAGAAGAACCCAUUAGCCUAGGGAAGAAUGUACAUGCACCACUGGAAUAGAGAAAACAUACUAGAUCAUAGAACACUUUCAGUCACGAUGGGACUUAUUUUUUCAAUUCAUUCAAGAUAAUGUGUUUUUGUGUAAUGCUUUAGUGGAAGGAAUAAUCUCUUCUAUGAAAAUCAGUCUUCAUUAAUUUUGCUUUCUUGAUAGGAUUUCAAAGAAUUUAUUCUUUGAAAUGCAAUUGGUGUUCAUUUAUUACACAUUUAGCAGAAUGGCUUAAAUGAUGCAAUGUUUUAGUUGUUUUUUCCUCUACCCCAAAUCUUAACUCUUAAAAUUUAGUGAAAUAUUCACAUUGUAAGACAUAAAAAUGUCGAAUCACUAUA